AUGUAUGCCAGUAAAGGAAUCUGGAAUACAAAUGGGUUUCAAGUCGGAAAGCUGCCAGGAGUUGAGUACAUCGAGGAGAAUGGUGUAGUUCGAUCUCAGUCUGCAGGAUCAUGGGGCCUUGAUCGUAUCGAUGCCCAUAGUACACUAUACGGCCCAGUUUUAGAUAACAACUAUUCGCCUUUUUGUAUAGUCCAUGUCUAUCUUGUAUUCCUUUGUGUUGCUCUAUCUUUCAUAGUGACUGGAGCUGGUGUAGAUGUGUAUGUGAUUGAUUCAGGAAUCUUAGACACUCACGAGGACUUCGGUGAUCGAGCAACUCAAGGCUUCUGUGCUUCCGAUCUCUUUGACUUUUUGGGUGGUGGAAACGUGGACUGUUAUGGUCACGGAACCCACUGCGCGGGUACUGUCGGCUCCAAAACGUACGGUGUAGCUCCUGGUGUGAAUCUUAUAGGGGUCAAGGUCAUUGGUUGUUUCGGUUCCGGGUCAACUGCGGGAGCUAUUGAAGGAGUGAACUGGGUUAUCGAACAAGCUACCCGCUUGAAAGCUCGCCGCCGACCAUCUAUUGCAGCCAUGCCUUUAGCCACGUUUUACUCCAGAGCUUUGAACGAUGCCGUGGACGCCAUGGUCGAAGCUGGAAUCGAAACCGCGGUCGCUGCCGGCAACGAUCAAGUAGAUGCGUGCGACUAUUCACCAGGCAGUUCUACGAAAGUAAUAACUGUAGGCUCAACCUAUGAUGAUACAGAUGUCCGUAUGGUCACAUCCAACUAUGGUCAAUGCGUCAACAUCUUCGCUCCUGGCGCCUUCACCAAGUCAACAUGGAUUGGUAGUAGCAACAAAGCAACCGAAACUCUGAGUGGUACCUCUAUGGCUUGUGCUCACGUUGCGGGUGCCCUGGCUCUUUACCUGACUGAAGAGGAACUAAUGCAUCAGAGUACAGCUAAUGUAGUAGGAGAUGCAGGUCUUGGGUCGCCAAACAGAUUCCUCUAUGUCCAUAAGAAAAGAUGAGGAACUUUACACGACAAGACUUUGUAACUUCAAAAGUAUCCGCAAAAAUAGUAGAAUGAUGGAGAAUUAAAAAAAAAACAACAAACAAACCGUUGUUGAAGUGAAAAAUAUUCAAUUCUGCAUAAUGCAUAUAUACGAUAGACCGGUAUGGUUCACAUUCUCAUCAUUGUUAUGUAAAGCUCUAGGGAAUGUGGAAGGGGGUGGGGGAUUUACAAGACACAAUGGUUGGUUUGGAAUAUGAGUUUCAUCAAUCAUUUUUUUUCUGCUCUUAGAAAUUAUCAAUGCAUAUGUGAUGCUUCAUAAAAUAGCGAAGAAAACGAAAUUAAUGGACUGUAUUUUGAAGUAUUAGUUCUGCACUGAAUAGUUGAAAGUAGA